AUGGCGAGCGCCACGGAGACUAUUGCCAUCCAGUCAUCUGCCCAUGACGAGGGCCUCCGUCCUGGAGUUAUGGAUACCGUCGUUUCCAUCCUCCCGCCUACAUGUAGUGUAGACAAGGGAAAAGCCGUCGAGACCGCUGCCGAAGCUGUUGAGGACGACCCCCACAUCAACUCCCAGACGAUUCUCGACCUCAUCAAUGUCUCCAUCGAAAACGUUCGAAACCGAGCUGCCGAGGUGGAGAGAGCGCGCGCGGAAGAGGACGAGAAGAGGAAACGAGACGAGGAAGAGGCCGCGGCGGAGAGGGCGAGGCCCGAGGCCGAGGACGAGGCCGCCGCCAAGACACCGCGCUCGAGGUCAAGCUCGGAGCUGAGCGAAUCCAAGGCAGGCCCGGCAAACGGCCACAGGCGCCACAACGCCACGGGCGCCUCAAAAUUCAUGAAGCGCAAAUCCGAACAAGAUGACGAUGAUGCGCAGAGUAUCAUGACUUUUAAGAGCAACAAGGACACGAGGUUACGGCAGCUCGGCGCAAUUGCCGCUCUGCUUCAGAAGAAGCACUCCAAGACAAAGGGUUACGCCGCUCCCGGAUCGUUCAUCGUUCACUCCAUCACAGGGACUGUGGCGGAAAACGCCGAGGAGAAUGCAGGCACAAUAGAAUGCAUCUCUUGUUUCGACGAUUUCGAUCCGAAGGAGAUGAUCAAAGCGCCCUGCCACUACUAUUGCCGCGACUGCUUCACCCGUCUCAUCUCCACUGCGCUUCAAAACGAACAGCAAUGGCCAGCGAAAUGUUGCCUGAACGAAAUCCCCUUUCAAACUAUUUACCAGUACAUUCAAAGCGAUAUCCGGACAACUUUCGAGACACGCGCUCUCGAAUGGAGAACUCCAAUAGGAGAGCGCAUCUACUGCAGCACGCCAGAGUGCGCUGUCUGGAUUCCUCCCAACCAGGUCGAAGGCGGCACCUCCAUAGCGCGUUGUCCGGCCGGUCAUGAGACCUGCUCAUUCUGCCGAGGUCCGGCCCACGCCGCUGACUGCCCCCAAGACUGGGACCUUCAGCGAACUAAUGAGCUGGCGCAGGAGGAAGGCUGGAAGCGGUGCGGAAGAUGCCGCGCUCUGGUUGAGCACCAGUCUGCGUGCCAGCACAUGACGUGCCGCUGCGGCUACCAAUUUUGCUACGUCUGUACUCGAGAGUGGCGGACGUGCGGCUGCACGAUGGCGCAACUUACCGCGCUUAAGGAGGCGGCAACACAGCGACGCCAGGAAAGGCUGGAGAGGGAAGCAAUCGAUGAAACAGAGUUGCAGGCCGCCCUACGGCAGGUCGAGCAACUUGAGCUCGAGGAAGCCCUCGAAGCCAUUGAACAGAUCAUGAAGCAGGAGCGUGAAGACGCGGACCGUAGGAAGAAGGAGAUUCUUAGUCGCAUCCGUCGUGAGGAGGAGAGGCAGCAAGGAGUGUACUCGAAUUUCCGCGACCUGCGUGGGAUUCUCUCGGAUUUGCAAGAUCGUCAGCGUGACAUUUUGGACUUUGACAUUGUCGAGGAUCGGCGCAAGUUUGACGAGCAGCGCGCAGAAGAGCGGUGCAAACGGGAGAGAGAUGCAGAGACCGAGGUCCAGGACCUGGAAGCCCUUAUAUCGGCGCGCCACUCUGAGCUAGAAGUCAGUCUGGCGAGAGAGUACGGCGCCCGUGUGGAGCUUGAGCGCGCUGUGGAGGACGAGUACCAUGUUCGCCUCAUCGCCUUUUAUUCUCAGUGGAAGAAUGACAUGCAGGCUCCGGCCGUCAUUGCCGAUGCUGAGGUCGAAAAGGCGAUGCAAGUGCUCCGCGCGCGCCUCGACGAACAGCACAGCGCCUGGAAGAAAUGGCGCGACGAGGAAAUCGAGGCGGCGCGGUUUACCGCAGACGAAGAGCGAGGUCUUCGGGACGAACUUCUUUCCACGCGGCGCCUGAGACAAGAGGAAGCCUUUGUGGUUCAGGAGCGGGAGCUCAAAGCGAGGGCCAAGGCGGGCUCGAGGUGGUACCAGGCCGUGGGAACGGAGCGCGCGAGGCUCCUCGACGAGAUGGAGGUGGAUGAGAUCGAGGCACAUCGGGAUACGUUUAGCGAAUUUGAUGGCCUCGAAGUCGCGAUCAUCAGGGAGGCGUACGAGAGGAACGCAAACGGGAUAGAGACGGACGGCAGCGAGGGGCGGCCAUCAACGGGGCAGGCCGAGGGCGGCGGCGGGGAUGCGGAGUUUGAUAUAUGGGCGGAUGCCAUUGAAGGUUGA